AUGACGGAGAAGGUGACUGUGAGCAUAAGGGAGUCAACGAUGGUGAGGCCUGCCGAGGAGUCGACGCCUCGGGGCUCACUGUGGCUCUCCAACUCGGACCUAGCAUUCACACCCUUUCACACGUCCUCUGUUUACUUUUAUAGACCAAGCGGUGAGCUCAACUUCUUUGAUCAUAGAGUGCUCAAGCAAGCGCUCAGCAAGGUCCUCGUGCCCUUCUACCCCAUGGCCGGUCGAUUCAAGCUAAAUGACCAGAAUGGCCGUGGGGAGAUUGAUUGCAAUGCGGAGGUAGUGCUUUUUGUUGUGGCAGAGAGCAACUCUGUCGUUGAUGAUUUUGGCGAUUUUGUGCCCACUUCCGAUUUCCUUAAGCUCAUCCCCGCCGUGGAUUACUCGGUUGGAAUAUCCUCAUAUCCCCUUUUGAUGUUACAGGUUACGUACUUCAAAUGUGGUGGAGUGUCACUUGCUGUUGGAGUGGACCACCGCAUUGCAGAUGGAGCAUCUAGUCUACACUUUGUAAAUACAUGGUCUGAUAUCGCUCGUGAUGAUCUCUCAAAUAUUAAACCACCCUUCAUGAACAGAAUGUUACUUCGUGCUCGAGAUCCACCCCAGCCAGCAUUUCCUCACGUUGAAUAUCAACCUUUUCCACAAAUGAAAUUAGCUUUUGAUCAUCUGAAAAGCACAAGUAAUACUACUGCAUCAAUUUUUAGAUUUACGCGGGAGCAGCUUAACAUCUUGAAAGCCAACUCUGCGGAAGAUGACGGCAGGAAUAUUAAUACAAUCAAGUAUAGCACAUUUGAGGUGUUGGCAGGGCAUAUUUGGAGAUGUGCUUGCAAGGCACGUAAACUGCCAGAUGAUCAAGACACCAAAGUGCUCAUUCCCAUUGAUGGACGGUCCAGAUUGCAACCCCGACUCCCACCCGGUUUCUUUGGCAAUGCCAUUUUUAGAGCCACGCAUAUUGCUGCAGCAGGGGAUCUCCAGUCCAAACCAACAUGGUAUGCUGCAAGCUGUGUUCAUAAUGCUUUAGUCCAGAUUGAUGAUGAUUAUCUCAGAUCAGCCGUUGACUAUCUUGAGCUUCAUCGUCCUUGUGUUUCCCCACUUGUUAUGGGGGCCCUCUCGAUCAGGUGCCCGAAUCUUCGGAUAAACAGUUGGGCUAGGCUGCCGAUUCACGACGCUGAUUUUGGUUGGGGUCGACCCAUUUUCAUGGGGCCUGGCACACUAUUUGACGGGAUGGCUUUGUUGUUACCAAGCGCAACUAAUGAUGGGAGUUUAUCGCUGAUGAUUUCUCUGCAUUCUGAACACUUGAAAUCAUUUUCCAAGUUGUUGUAUGACAUAUGA